UUUAAAUUUAUUUAUUCACAUCGUUAUAGACUUAAAGUAUACCUCACAAUUACGUGUAUCAUGCAUCAAGAGUCAAGUCCACGGUCUUAUAUUUUGAUCACUCUAUUCCCUCAAUAUAUAUAUAUAUAUAUAUAUAUAUAUAUUUUUUUUUUUUUUUUUUUUUUGAUCGCUCUGUCCAAUUCAUUUUUCUCUCAUAGAUCAUUCUAAGAUUACCAUUCUCACAAAGAUAUUGUAUUCAUUCAAUUCACAGUAAGAAAUGGCUGAAGGAGUUCUGUUCGACGUUGCUGCACGAAUCAUCGAGAAAACAGGCGACCUAGCGGUCCAAGAGCUUGGACUACUCUGGGGUUUCAAAGGGGAUAUUGUAAGCCUUGGGGAGAGGGUUUCCACAGUCAAGGCUGUGCUUCUGGAUGCAGAGAAGAAGGAGCAGACCAAUCAAGUCAAAGAGUGGCUGAAAAGGUUGCGUGAUGCCAUUUAUGAUGCAGAUGAUUUGCUGGAUGACAUCUCAACUGAAGCUUUACACCGAGAAGUGAUGAUGAGCCAGAAUAAGAAGUUCAACAAGGUAUGCAUCUGCUUUUCCAAAUCGAACCCGCGUGCACUUAAAAUGGCUCAUGAAGUUAAGGCAAUGAUGGGGAGGCUAGAUACCAUAGGAAGGGAUAGGGUAUUCCACUUGGAGGAGCGUCUUGAGGAGACACAAGUUAGGAAUAGGGCAAGAGAGACUCAUUCUUUUGUAUGUGCUGAAACUAUUAUUGGGAGAGAGAAUGAUAAAAAGGCAAUUAUAGGAAUUCUUUUGGAUUCUAAUGUUGAGGAGAAUGUUUCGAUUCUUCCGAUAGUUGGAAUUGGGGGGUUAGGGAAAACCACAUUAGCUCAACUUGUAUUCAAUGAUGAAGAAUUUAAGAAACAUUUUGAACAAAAAUUCUGGAUAUGUGUCUCUGAUGACUUUGAGGUAAGAGUAAUUGUUGAGAAAAUUAUAGAGCGUGCAAAAGAUAUAAAACAAAAAAAUCUUGAUUUGGACGAUCUAGUUAAUGAGCUUAAGAAAGAAAUUGAUGGGAAGAGAUACUUACUUGUGUUGGAUGAUGUGUGGAAUGAUGAUUUUGAAAAAUGGCUUAGCCUAAAAAAUCUUUUAAUUAGUGGUGGAAAAGGCAGUAGAAUAUUAGUGACAACACGCGAGGAGAAGGUUGCAAGAAUUGUACAAACUAUGCAGCAACCAUACUUUUUAAAGGGUUUAAAUGAACAAGAGUCUUGGCUUUUAUUUAAGCAAAUGGCUUUUGAAAAUGGUCAAGAGCCAAAGAAUCCAAACAUCAAGUCAAUUGGAAUGGAAAUAAUUGAAAAGUGUAGAGGAGUCCCUCUCGCCAUAAGAAGUAUAGGAAGCUUAUUAUACUUUAAAAACCUUGAAAAUGAUUGGUUGUCAUUUAAGGACAAUGAACUUUUGAAAGUAGCUAAUAUCUUGCAAACACUUAAAUUAAGUUAUGAUCAUCUUCCAUCAUAUUUAAAGCAGUGCUUUGCUUAUUGUUGUUUAUUUCCAAAGGAUUACAAAAUUCAUAAAACAACAUUGAUUAAAAUGUGGAUGGCGCAAGGGUUUAUUAGGUCUUCAAGUCCAAACCAAUGCUUGGAAGAUAUUGGUCAUGAGUACUUUAUGGAUUUACUUUGGAGAUCAUUCUUUCAGGAAGUUGAAGAAGAUGGGAAAGGCAAUAUAUUACAAUUUAAAAUGCAUGAUCUUAUGCAUGAUCUUGCAAAAUCAGUAGCAGCAUCUGAUAGUGCCACUUUUUAUUCAAAAGAAGAAGGCAUUCAUGAGAAGAUUCGUCAUGUGUCAUUUGAUGGAACAUUUCUCUCAUCAUCAACAAUUCCUGUGUCACUGUAUAAUGCAAGAAGGAUAAGAACAUUUCAUUUGCCAAGUCAGUCACAAUUUCGAUAUGAAAUAAGAUUGGAUAAGUCAACUUGUAAUGCAAUUGUUUCAAGUUUUAAGUUCAUACGUUUGUUGGAUCUAAAUAAGACAAGAAUUAAAACAAUUCCAAGAUCUAUCGGGAAGUUGAGGCAUUUAAGGUAUCUCGAUCUCUCCAAUACUUCCAUCAAGAUGCUUCCCAAUUCCAUCACAAGAUUGUAUAAUUUACAAACACUGAGACUCACUGGAUGUAAUCUAAUUAAAGAAUUGCCUAAAGAUAUUAACAAAUUAGUCAACCUCAUGUAUCUUGAGAUAGAUGAAUGUUGGAAUUUGACAUAUAUGCCACGUGGACUGGGACAAUUGACUAAGCUACGGACAUUGUCACAAUUUGUGAUAAAUAUGAGUACUUGUUUUGCCUUCAGGCGUAACGGCAGAUUGAAGGAACUCUACGAGCUAAACGAGUUGAGAGGAACGCUAAUGAUUAGAGAAUUGAGACACGGAAAAGAUGCUGCAUUAGAAUCUAAGGAUGCAAAUAUGAAUGAGAAAAAACAUUUACAAGACUUGACGUUAUCAUGGAUAGAAGAAGACGUGGAUGAGUCCAACGUUGGGUAUGAUGAAGAGUCACUUGUAGCCUUGCUCCCACACGGGCCACCUUCAAAUUUUCAAGAAUUGUGUUUAAUUGGAUACGGCGGAGUGAAAUUUCCAAGUGCGAUUUCUUCGCUUUCAAAUCUUGUAAAUUUUUCCUUGUAUCGCUGUAACAAAUGCCAACAUCUGCCAUCGUUGGAUCAAUUUCAUUCUCUCAAAACUCUCUCUCUUGAUCAAAUGAAUGGUUUGGAGUGCAUAUCAAAGAGAGAAAACAACGGGGAGUUCUCUGAUUCUUCAUUCCUCCCAUCUCUAGAGCAACUCACAAUUAGAUUUUGCCCUAAUCUAAAAGGAUGGUGGCAACGACAGAGGGAUUCUGUUGAGGAGUUCCAUAAUCAUUCACUGCCUUCAUUUCCUCAUCUUUCCAACUUAUACAUUUGGGAAUGCCCUAAGCUGAUAUCCUUACCUCUCUUUCCAUAUCUCGAAAAGCUAAGGCUGAGAGAUUGUAGCUUGAAGCCAUUGGAGCAAACACUGAGAAUGGAGGUGAUAAACACGGCAACCCCAAAGAACCUGACAUCAAUAGCAGCAACAUCAACCUCUUCUUCUUCUACACUUGCCGCUUCCUCGUUCAUCCCUCUCUCCAAAUUGAAGUUCAUGUCAAUUGAGAAUAUGGAGGAAACUCUGCCCAAGGAGUUGAUGUGCAACCUCAUUUCUCUCCAAGAUUUAAGGAUAGAUAAUUGUUGUGGUCCUCUCCCUCUCUCUCGACAUCUCACUGCCCUUCAGAAUUUGGAAGUUUGGGGUUCUAAAGAGGUUGAUUUAACAAACGAUGGAGAUGAGAUGGAAUGGCAUGGCCUUCAGAGCCUUCGCUACCUAUGGUUCUACCAGCUUCCAAAUUUGGCCGCUCUACCGGUGGGGAUUCAACAUCUCACCUCUUUGCAAAGCCUCUGGAUUGAACAUUGUUCAAGUUUGUCGGCUAUACCGGAGUGGAUCCUUAACCUUACCUCUUUGCAGACACUGAGAAUUUGGAGAUGUCCCAUCUUAUCGAAAAGAUGCGAAAUGGAAGCGGGUGAAGAUUGUGGUAAGAUUGAGCACAUCCCAGACUUACGUAUAGACAGAUGAAUAACCUACUCUUACGACUUGGAGCUUAAUCAAACCUUUUGGGCGCUGCAAUUGCUCAACAAGUCAACAAAUUCACCGAGUAAAAGAUCAAUGGUACAAGAUGAUAUCGGGUAAUAUUGUGAGAAGAAUAAAAUCUGGUAGCCAUUCUGCAAGAACUAUCAUGUUGUGCAGUAUCUGUAAGGGAUUUAGCACAUCUUGAAGCUUCAUUCUAUUCAUAUAUGUAUACAAUUUUCUGGAAUUGGCUUUCAAGGUGAAGGCGAGGCCCCAUCUAAAUCAAGCUAAAUCAGAAAGAUCAAUUCUUUUAAAUGUGCAUUUCAUCUCUGCAUUAGUCUCUUGACUGAUGGAGAAUGAAGCAUGAAGCAAUGCAGGAUAUCGGAGAGGUGGAUUCGCCGCUGAUAUUUGUGCCCUUACCAGUGAGGAUUUCCGAAAGAUUUGUAGAUACUGGGAAUUCAUUAGUGUCCCAUCUUACCACAAAGAUGUAAAAGGAAGUAUGUGAGGUUUUCCAUAAGAUUUGUUACAUCCUAGAGUUGGAAGGAGAUCCAAUUCAGUGAGAUGGAGCUUAAUGAAAAAUGUUUUGGUUUCAACAACAACUCAAUGUUCAUAGAUAUUUUGUCGAGCAAUUUGACAACCCUGCUUUUGAUUCCCAAACUAAAGAAACUCUGACACUUUGUCAAAGCAGUUUUGGGUCCAAGUGUGAGCUUUCACAAGAUUUUCUGAAGAAUGUCUCAAAGUCUGGAAUUGUAGGCAGUCUCCUAUCAUGGGCAAAUUUCAAGCAGAGUAAAGAUCUUAAGAAAAGUGAUGGAACAAAGACACAGAAGAUUCAUGGUAUAGAAAAACUAGACAAUGCUAACAAAGCAGGAAGGAAGGAAUCUGAUAAAUGUACCUUGCUUUUAACUGAAGGAGAUUCAGCUAAGGCUCUUGCAUUGGCCGGCCUUGCUGCUGUGGGUUGAGAUUACUAUGGUGUGUUCCCAUUGAGAGGUAAAUUGCUCAAUGUGAGGGAAGCCACUGCUAAACAGCUCACUGAGAAUAAAGAAAUUGGGUACAUAAAGCAG